AUGAGCUUCGACGAUCCUGUGGCUGCGGCCAAUGACACAAGUAAGAGAGCAAAAGGUUUCUCUGCACAGCAGAAGGUGAAGCCGAAGUAUGUUGCUAAGCUGGAGUCUCUCUUGGAUAUCGCCAUUCGUGAACUGGUCCAGAAUAUAGACA